AGCAGCGCCAUCUGAGUUUGUGGAGUAAAAACAUGACAGCUUCUGUGGUACGAAGGUUAGCAGCUCUUUCGGGAACUUCUGCGGUGGGACUGGGAGCUUACGGAGCUCACGGUUUCAAGAACAGGGAUCCUGAUGACUACAGGAUAUCGCUUUAUGAAACGGCCAACAAAUAUCACUUCUACCACAGCCUGGCCCUGCUGGGUGCAGCUCACUGUGGGAAACCUCUGCUGAUCACAAACAAACUGUCCUCCUCUCAGGCCGGAACCAUCCUGAUCGCAGGCAUGGGGAUGUUCUGCGGACCCCUGUACCACCAGGCUCUGACGGGGGACCCCAGUCUGGGCAAGAUGGCUCCUGUGGGGGGCGUGGCUAUGAUGGCCGGCUGGCUGGCCAUGAUCCUGUGAGGCUGGGAGGGGGCGGGGCCUGAGACGACGCCGUCAGCCCUCUAACAGAUGGACUCUGAGAGCGAGCAGCUCUAAUGUCACCCGUCCAACGGCUGCUUGCCUCCGGGAGGCGCGUGUCAGCCGGAGAUAAGGUCACCGCAGGAUUAUCACUUCUCUGUCCGCCGCCUGAUCGCCGCCCUUUGAUCGUUGUGUUCAACACCAGGAGGGAACAAACAGUUAAAUUAUCUCCUGUAACACCUUAACACUGCAGCAGAAUUCACUGAUAUAAAUACAUAAAAUAUACAAGACAAAGAUGCUGCUGCAGCAUCAUGUUGGAAUGUUUUCAGAUCAUUAAAUAAAACUUCACUAUUUGAUUCUG